CAGACAGCCUUGACGAACCAUAUAAUUCAUAGCUUGCCAUUGUCAAAUAAAUGUUUGCUUCAUCGACUGCAAUACGUUCGCGUUCGAAGUAGACAGCGUUGAAGAGGUGUAUCCCACUGGACGUCAUAUUCAAGACGCAGCGCGAGGGUCUUUCGCUAAGUCGAAUGGGGUUAGCCUGCCAUCGUAAAUCCCCAAAAAUCGCACCCCACCGACUCCACAAGGACUGCAGAGCAGAGCCGCAACGCUCGCCGUGCCACAGACAAUCACAUUACUGCAAGUGAUACACCAUGGCGACCGUCACCCUCACAGACAGCAGACCCCGGCACAAUCGGUUGCCCAAGAACAUCAAAUUGCCACCGGAAAAUGAACGAUAUAUGCGCGCUUGUGCGGACAUUGCCUCCGCCCUCAUCCAGGAUUAUGAAGCGCAAGCCGAUGGAUCCAAGCCCAAGAAGGACCUGAACUUGAAUCAUCUGAGAGGCCAGAUCGCCAAGAAGCAUUACCUGAAGAGCCAGCCCCCAUUAACAGCCAUCAUUGCCGCCGUGCCCGAGCAUUACAAGAAAUACAUCCUGCCAAAGUUGAUCGCGAAACCUAUCCGGACCUCUUCUGGUAUUGCAGUAGUGGCGGUGAUGUGCAAACCGCAUCGAUGCCCGCAUAUUUCAUACACAGGCAACAUAUGCGUCUACUGUCCCGGUGGCCCCGACUCCGAUUUCGAGUACUCUACUCAGUCUUACACGGGCUACGAGCCCACCUCCAUGCGCGCCAUUCGCGCUCGGUACGACCCGUAUGAGCAAGCACGUGGCCGUGUGGAUCAAAUCAAGGCCCUGGGCCACAGCGUUGACAAAGUGGAGUAUAUCAUCAUGGGCGGCACGUUCAUGUCGCUUCCAGAAUCUUACCGCGACGAGUUCAUCUCGCAGCUACACAACGCGCUAUCAGGCUACCAAACCAAGAAUGUGGACGAAGCCGUUGCUGCCGGUGAAAUGAGUAACAUCAAAUGCGUAGGAAUUACCAUUGAAACACGGCCAGACUAUUGCCUUGACCAGCAUCUCUCGUCGAUGCUCCGGUACGGAUGUACUAGGCUGGAAAUCGGUGUGCAGUCCCUUUACGAAGACGUAGCCCGCGAUACCAAUCGCGGUCACACUGUUGCCGCUGUCGCAAAAACGUUUUGUCUUGCCAAAGAUGCUGGUUUCAAGGUUGUCUCCCACAUGAUGCCAGACUUGCCCAACGUGGGUAUGGAACGCGACCUUGACCAGUUCGUAGAGUAUUUCUCGAACCCUGAUUUCCGCACGGACGGCCUCAAGAUCUACCCCACCCUGGUCAUUCGCGGCACGGGACUUUAUGAGCUGUGGAGAACCGGCAGAUAUAAGAACUACACGCCCAACGCGCUCAUCGAUAUUGUUGCGCGGAUCCUGGCGUUGGUGCCACCGUGGACCAGGAUCUACCGCGUACAGAGAGAUAUCCCGAUGCCGCUCGUUACUUCUGGUGUUGAGAACGGGAACCUGAGGGAGCUUGCGCUUGCACGCAUGAAAGACUUCGGGACUACAUGUCGCGACGUACGCACACGCGAAGUCGGUAUCAACGAAGUCAAACACAAGAUCCGCCCUGACCAAGUCGAGCUUGUGCGCCGCGACUACACGGCAAACGGCGGCUGGGAGACCUUCCUCGCCUACGAAGAUCCAAAGCAAGACAUUCUCAUCGCUUUGCUACGACUCCGCCAGUGUUCAAAGGAACACACGUUCCGCGAAGAGCUAACGGGACAGCCUACGAGUCUGGUAAGGGAGCUGCAUGUUUAUGGUAGUGCUGUGCCGGUGCAUGCGCGAGAUCCGAAGAAAUUCCAGCAUCAGGGCUACGGAACGUUGUUGAUGGAAGAAGCAGAAAGAAUCGCGCGGGAGGAGCAUGGCAGUAGCAAGAUUAGCGUCAUAUCCGGAGUUGGUGUGAGAAGCUACUAUGCUAAGCUGGGUUAUUGGCUUGAUGGGCCAUACAUGAGUAAGACCCUGGAGCCGGACUGGUUGAGAGAAUGGUAAGGUCCGUGAGAUGCUGCGGGAAUGGCGUUUGGGUACGAAAACAUGCUGCAUUGCAGGCGCUGGAACUGGGGACAUGAAGGCGUGGUUUAAGAUAGAUGUAUUGAUCGCAAAUUGCUGCGCUAAAACCUAGAUUUCUACAAGCAACCCUGAAAUCAAUGCUGGAUAUUAUAAGCCCAGUUCAUAAUGCCAUUCAAACCGCCACGCUGGAUAUCAGAAAGAUGUCCGUGUGUCUAAACCUGCCUCGCUCCGCUACACGUGUUACAGUUUCAAGUUCAUACAUAUCCUCGCAUUUGCAUCGAGUAUCAGACUAUGACAGUGCUAUCGCGCCGCGGCGAGCUUCGCGCAUGUGGAGCAGGGCUUGGAAACCGCAGAAAACGAAGAACCCCUGAAACAAGUUAGCACUAUUUUCUCACCUAAAGCUUCUC